AUGUCUGUCGAGACUAUCACGACCAUAUCACCGGUCACCAACAAGCCAAUUCUCACCCGCAAUGGGUUGUCGGAUGCCGAUAUCACCUCUAUACCAGAAACAGCUGCUCGGGCAUUCGAGGCCUACCGCCGCACAACUCUCUCGGAUCGGCAAGCAAUCGUCAAGAAGGCUUUGAAGCUAUUGGAUGAGCGCCAGGAUGCUUUGGGCAAGGAGCUCACUGAACAAAUGGGCCGUCCUAUCAGCUACACACCCAAGGAAAUCACAACUGCAGUAGCACGUGGCGAGUACAUGCUGAAGAUUAGCGAAGAGGCUCUGAAGGCGACUGAAGGCGAAGCGGAGAAAGGCUUCAAGCGCUACAUCAAGAAGGUUCCUGUGGGGCCGGUGUUGAUCCUUUUCCCAUGGAAUUACCCGUACCUGACACUUGUCAACUCACUGAUCCCAGCUUUGCUCGCUGGAAAUUCUGUGAUCUUGAAGCCUUCUCCUCAAACACCUACAAGCGCGGAGCAAAUCAAACAGAUCUUCGCGGACGCUGGCUUGCCCGAAGGGGUCCUGCAAAUUUUCCACAGCGGAUCUAUUACCCAGAUUGAAGCCAUUGCACGGUCACCUCAGAUCCAGCUAGUAUGCUUCACUGGAUCUGUUGCCAAUGGACUCGCCAUACAGACCGCCGCUAGCGACCGUGUACCGAUUCGCGUCGGGCUCGAGCUUGGAGGAAAGGAUCCUGCAUAUGUCCGAUCUGACGUCGACAUCAAGUGGGCUGCUGAGGAGAUUGUCGACGGUGCAGUCUUCAACUCGGGCCAGAGCUGCUGCAGUGUGGAACGCGUCUACGUCGAUGAAAAGAUUCACGACGAAUUUGUAAGUGCGCUUCAGGACGUCCUGAAGGGCUACAAGCUCGGCGAUCCCAUGGAAAAGGACACGCAUGUUGGCCCAGUGGUGUCAUCGCGAUCCGCAGACUCCAUUCGUGCACACAUCAAAGAAGCACUCAAGAAAGGUGCCAAAGACGCAACUCCAGACAACGAGUCCUUCAAGUCCCCUCCAGCAGACGGAAACUAUGUUGCUCCCACGCUCUUGAUCAACGUCGAUCACAGCAUGGCGGUGAUGACCGAAGAAACCUUUGGUCCAGUGAUUCCAGUCAUGAAGGUCAAGAACGAUGCCGAAGCUAUCAAGCUGAUGAACGAUAGCCAGUUUGGUUUGACAGCCAGUAUCUGGACCAAAGACACCAACAAGGGUCACGAGCUCGUUGAAGACGUCGAGGCUGGCACUGUCUUUGUCAACCGAUGCGAUUACCCUGCACCAGACCUCGCCUGGGUAGGAUGGAAAGACUCUGGAAAGGGCCAGACGCUAUCCAGAUUUGGGUUUGACCAAUUUGUCAAGCUCAAGAGCUACCAUGUGAAAGAUUACCCGAAAUAG